AAAACAGGAAGAGUAACUCGUACAAUAUCGUUGAAGCUCCCAUAUAUGGCUCUCAACACCCUACUACAAAUCGUAUGGCUUCCAUUUCUCCUUCUUCUCACUCUAUUGCUUUUACUGAAAAAGAAUAAAAAGCCACUGAAGCACUACCCACCUAGCCCUCCUAAGCUUCCCAUCAUAGGCAAUUUACACCAGUUCACUCGAUCUGGUUCACCACCUCACCAAAAUCUUUGGCGCCUCUCCAAAAAGUUCGGUCCAGUAAUGCUCCUUCACCUCGGUCGCAUACCGACGAUCAUAAUCUCAUCAGCUGGAGCAGCAAAACAGGUCCUGAAAGACAAUGAUCUCAACUGCUGCACCAGACCUACCUCCACGGGGUCUCGAAAACUCACCUUCAACUAUCUAGACAUGGCAUUUGCGCCGUACGGUGAGUAUUGGCGAGAGAUAAGAAAGAUAUGUGUGCUAGAGCUUUUCAGUGUGAAAAGAGUCCAGUCUUAUCGGGGGAUUAGGGAAGAAGAAGUGGCUAAGAUGAUUGGUUCAAUAUCCAGAGAAUCUGCAUCUUCGACGUCUUCAUGUGUUGAUCUUACUGAGAAGUUGUAUGCUGUCAUGGCCAGUAUGGCGUUCAGGAUUAUUUUUGGGACAAGUUUCGAGGGGAGUACCUUGGAGCACAGUAGGUUUCAACAAGUGCUUCAUGAAACUGGAAUAAUGCUUUCAGGCUUCUGUGCAGCUGAUUAUUUCAAUUCUAAAAUUGGGUACAUUAUAGACAAGAUAUCCGGGAAACAAAAACAAUUUGAAAGGGUUUCUGGGGAACUUCACGGCUUUUUCCAGCAGGUGAUUGAUGAUCAUCUCAAGCCUGGGAGGACACAACAAGUGCACGACGACAUAGUUGACGUGCUGCUUAAGAUAUGACACCUAGAAUUGAGGCCUGGCCUAAGAUUUU